UAUUCCUCAACGAAUGGUGUUGGUGACUUUAAUCUCAAUAUUGUAACGGUAGAAUCCGUUAUUUUGUCGUACGAUUAAUUAAAAUUUAUAUACGUGUCGUGAUAUAAUUUAUCAAGAAAUAACAUUGUCUUCGUUUAAAGAUGAAGAUUUUUGCAUUAACAAUUGUAAUAAUUUGUUUCUUUACUUUUAGUCUUGCAAAAAUUGAAAUCGAAGAUUCGGUUUUAGUGCUUACAAAAGAUAACAUCGAAGAAGCAAUCGAACAAAAUGAUUAUCUGCUCGUUGAAUUUUAUGCACCAUGGUGUGGACAUUGUAAAGCUUUAGCACCUGAAUAUGCUAAAGCAGCUAAAAAGUUACAAGAUGGUAGUUUUCCUAUAAAAUUAGCUAAAGUUGAUGCAAUUAUUGAAACAGAAUUAGCUGAAAAACAUGGAGUUCGUGGAUAUCCUACCCUUAAAUUUUAUCGUAAAGGAUCAGCUAUUGAUUAUAGUGGAGGCCGUCAAGCAGAUGAUAUUGUAAAUUGGGUAAUAAAAAAAUCAGGCCCUGCUGCUAAAAAUUUAUCAACAAUUGAAGAAGCUAAAUCAUUUAUUGAGUCACAUAAUAUUGCUAUUAUUGGAUUCUUUAAGGAUAUAGAAUCAGAUAGUGCAAAAGUAUUUUUAGAAGUUGGUAAUGCUGUUGAUGAUCAUGUUUUUGGUAUAAGUAAUAAUGAUAAAGUUUUCAAUGAAUACGGAGUAGAAGAUGGUAAAAUUGUUUUGUUUAAAAAGUUUGAUGAAGGCAGAAAAGAAUUUAAUGAGGAACUUGAUGUUAAAAAAUUACAAAAUUUCAUUUCUGUACAUUCACUGCCAUUAGUUGUUGAUUUCAAUCAAGAUACAGUACAAAAGAUAUUUAGUGGUGAUAUCAAAAGCCAUCUUCUUGUUUUCCUUAGUAAAGAAGCUGGUCAUUUUGAAGAAUAUGUAGACAAAAUUAAAGAACCAGCAAAAAAAUUUCGUGGAGAAGUUUUAUUUGUGACAAUUAAUGCUGAUGAAUCUGAUCAUGAACGCAUCUUAGAAUAUUUUGGUAUGAAAAAAAGUGAAGUACCUGCUAUGCGUAUUAUAAAAUUUGAACAAAUUAUGGCUAAAUACAAACCAGAAAAGCCAGAAAUAUCUACUGAAAAUGUGUUGGAAUUUGUAACUGCAUUUAUUGAAGGCAAAUUGAAAAGGCAUUUUCUUACACAAGAUUUGCCAGAAGAUUGGGAUAAGAAUCCUGUGAAAGUUCUUGUUGGUACUAACUUCCAUGAAGUUGCAUAUGAUAAAAAGAAAAACGUUUUAGUUGAAUUUUAUGCUCCAUGGUGUGGGCAUUGCAAACAACUAGCUCCUAUAUAUGAAGCACUUGGAGAAAAAUAUAAAGACAGUGAAAAUUUAGUUAUAGCAAAAAUGGAUGCUACUGCAAAUGAAUUAAAAGAUGUUAAAGUUAGUAGUUAUCCAACAAUUACUCUUUAUAAAAAAGAAACAAAUGAAGCUGUAGAAUAUAAUGGUGAAAGAACGCUUGAAGGACUUUCUAAAUUUAUUGAAUCUGAUGGUGCUUAUGGUCAAGCUGCAGAAGAAGCUCAAGAAGAAGAUGAAGAUGAUGAUGUGCCAAGAAAAGAUGAGUUAUAGAUAUGUGACAUAUGAAGAAACAAUUCCAUAGUUUCUCAUAACAACGUUUAUAAAUUUAAUAAUUCUGCUUAAAAGAUAUUAAUUUAUAGAAGA